AAAAAAAUAAUCAAAUGGAAAUGGUAGCGCAAAUCUAGCAGUGUCCGAGAGAAGGGGUAGCUCAAGCUCGUGAAUUCAUCCAGCGUUAUCGUCUUCAUCGAUUUCUAUCACAGAUUCCCGAGAUUCACUUCCAUGUUGGCGGCGAAACCUUAAGAGCCCUCCGAUCUCUUCAAGAUAACGGCGAACCUUCUCAAAAUAUUCCUGCACUAUUAAGUGUUUGUCGAAUUGCCCCAAUGGCUUUCACUUGUGUAAAAUGCUAUCCAUGGUCUCUUCCUCAUUCCCCCCUCUCUUUUCCCUCUAAACCCAUCUCGAAUUCUUCCAUUUUCUUUUCUAAUUCAGUUUCCGACCAGCUCGCCUCAUCAUCUUCCUCGAAUUCUUCUUCGUCUUCACCAAAUGUUCAUCAUCUUCCACCAGAUUUCACUCCCAAGCAGCUUAUCGAGACCUUACGUCGCCAGACCGAUGAAGUUUCGGCGCUUCGCAUCUUCAAUUGGGCUUCAAAGCAGCGUAACUUCGUGCCCAGUUCAUCGGUUUACGAGGAGAUUCUUCGCAAGCUUGGAAAGGUAGGGUCGUUCGAGUACAUGAGGCGCGUCUUGGAGGAGAUGAAGCUUUCUGGUUGUGAGAUUGAUAGAGGUAUUUUCUUGAUUUUUGUUGAGAGUUAUGCGAAUUUUGAGCUGUAUGAUGAAGUUAUGAACAUUGUCAAAGUAAUGGAGGAUGAAUAUAGGAUAAAGCCUGAUACCCGUUUCUAUAAUGUACUGUUAAAUGUUCUUGUGGAUGCCAACAAGCUUAAACUUGUUGAAUCUGCACAUUCCAGCAUGGUUAGAAGACGAAUUAGGCACGAUGUUACGACGUUUAACAUUCUGAUAAAUGCCCUUUGCAAGGCUCAUCAGAUUAGGCCUGCCAUUUUGAUGAUGGAAGAGAUGCCAAGUUAUGGCUUGUCUCCAGAUGAGACCACAUUCACAACUAUAAUGCAAGGAUACAUUGAGGAGGGGAAUUUUGAUGGUGCACUGAGAAUUAAAGAACAGAUGGUAGAAUAUGGGUGUUCUUGUACUGAUGUCACUGUUAAUGUCUUGAUUAAUGGGUUUUGCAAGCAGGGUAGGAUUGAUCAAGCCUUGAGUUUCAUUCAAGAAGCGGUGAACGAAGGAUUUUGUCCCGACCAGUUUACGUAUAAUACUCUCGUGAAUGGUUUAUGCAAGGUCGGGCAUCCUAAGCAUGCCAUGGAAGUUGUAGAUGCAAUGCUUUUAGAAGGACUUGAUCCAGAUAUAUACACAUACAACUCUCUGAUUUCUGGACUGUGUAAGCUGGGUGAAAUUGAGGAGGCAGUGAAACUUCUGGAUCAGAUGGUUUCGAGGGACUGCUCUCCGAACUCUGUCACGUAUAAUAUUCUAAUUAGCUCCUUGUGUAAGGAGAAUCGAGUCGAAGAGGCAACUGAAAUAGCUCGUCUUCUUACAAGCAAGGGAAUUUUACCUGAUGUGUGCACAUUCAAUUCCUUGAUACAGGGUCUCUGUAUGUCUAGCAGUCACAGGAAUGCUAUGGACCUUUUCGAGGAAAUGAAGGGUAAAGGAUGUCGACCUGACGAGUUUACGUACAAUAUGUUGAUUGGCAGUCUUUGUUCGAGCGGGAAACUGGUGGAAGCUUUAAAUCUGCUAAAAGAAAUGGAGACGAGCGGCUGUGCUCGUAACGUAGUCAUCUAUAAUACAUUGAUUGAUGGGUUUUGUAAGAACAAGAGGAUUGAAGAAGCAGAGGAGAUAUUUGAUGAGAUGGAACUUCAAGGCGUUUCAAGGGAUUCAGUGACCUACAACAUCCUUAUUGAUGGCCUUUGUAAAAGCAGGAGAGUGGAGGAUGCUGCUCAUUUGAUGGAUCAAAUGAUAAUGGAGGGCUUGAAGCCUGAUAAAUUCACCUACAAUUCACUUCUCACUCACUUUUGCAAGACCGGUGACAUUAAAAAGGCGGCGGAUAUAGUUCAAACUAUGGCCUCGAGUGGAUGUGAUCCCGACAUCGUCACAUACGGGACGCUUAUCGGUGGUCUCUGUAGGGCAGGAAGAGUUCAGGUUGCGAGUCGGCUUCUCCGAUCAAUUCAAAUGAAAGGGAUGGUUCUAACACCACAGGCCUAUAAUCCUGUUAUCCAAGCAUUGUUCAAACGGAACAGAACUCUUGAAGCCAUGAGACUUUUCAGAGAGAUGUCGGAGAAGGCUGCUCCCCCGGAUGCAAUAACGUAUAAGAUAGUUUAUCGAGGUCUCUGCAAUGGCGGAGGACCGAUCGGAGAAGCCGUGGACUUCACGGUUGAGAUGAUAGAGAAAGGAAAUAUACCUGAAAUCUCAUCGUUUGUUAUGUUGGCUGAAGGUCUCUGUACUUUAGGCAUGGAGGAUACACUUGUGAAGCUUGUUGAUAUGAUAAUGGAGAAAGCUAAAUUCUUAGAGAGCGAGAUCUCAACGAUAAGGGGUUUCCUUAAAAUCCGAAAGUUUCACGAUGCAUUGUCGACUCUUGGAGGUAUCUUGGAUGAUUUGUAUCCCAGAAAAACUUAUCGAGGAAGAUGAAAAUGAUGUGUUCUUGUGUGUCGAACUAAGAACAGGAUGUUUCAGUGAAUGUAAUGAAAAUCAGUAGAAGUAUUACAGGUUCAUUUCUGCUGCUGAAUACGCUAAUCUUAUCAUCAACAACCGGGUGAGUUCAAAUUUAAAUUUCUAACUUUUUAGUCGAUGAUAUAAAGCUUUGAUCA